AUGACCAGCAAGCCCAUGGUCGAUCCCAAUGGCAGUAGCAGCAAUGCCACGACAGCUGGCACCCACCUCCGCCCCGACGCGGCUGCCCAGGGAAGCAGCCACACAUCGCAGUCCUCGACGUUGAACUCUUCCACCGGCCACCGCCUACUCCCCUCACCCAUUCCGCCGCCUACCGCCUCUUCCUUCAACUCCCAGCGGCGCCCCCAGUCCAGAGUCAGUGCCGUGUCAGACAACUCCAAGGACAGUCAAGACGGCGCACCUGUCCGCAAGAGCCACUCGCAGUCGAUAUCCAGCACGCCUCGCACGCUGGCGUCCUCUAAUCGGAGCACAAGCGUGAGCGCGGAGAACAGGGAGAGGCAGCGUGCCGUCCGCUCACUCCCGCCCUGGGUCCAGUCGGCUGACGAAGAGGACAAUGUCGACGCUGCAAGCUUCCUCCUACCGCGAACACCCACCACCGUCCGUCACGCCAACCACAACUUCUGCCCCACGCCCAAGUCCAACGUCCCGGGUCGCAAGUUUGACCAUGCCCGUGAGGGCGCUCCCGUAACCCUCUCGACACCCGUCAGUGACAGCGCCCCCAAGUGGAAGCAAUUCACCCAGGCGUCCAACCUCGACCGACCUAUAUCCUCGCGCGGCCAGAUUGUAGACGAUGACUGGCUCAGGGAGAACAUGCCCGAUCUCGAGCAGAAGUGGGAGCCCAUCGACAAGGACCACGGCGACGACCAUAUCAAGGGCUUCUGGCUCUUCACCUCGGAGAAGAGGAAGCGCAGGCUGAUGCGCUUCCACAACACCGUUAUGAACCACCCCAUGGUCCCCGCCCUCUCCCGCUCCAUGAUCCUCGUCUUCUCCAUCCUCGCCCUCUCCCUCGCAAGCUCCAUCUACCGCCACUCCGACAACAACGGCUGCAACAACAACUCGUCCACCUGGAUGGCUAUCCUCGUCGAUAUUGUGGCCAUCCUAUACACCAUAUACAUCACCUACGACGAAUACACAUCAAAGCCCCUGGGUCUACGAUCACACAACGCCAAAAUGUCGCUCAUCUUUCUGGAUCUAGCCUUUAUCGUCUUCGAGUCAGCAAACCUUAGUUUGGCUUUCCAGGCCCUAACAGAUGACAAAUGGGCAUGCGUUACAUCGGACAGGACAAACGCUUGUCCAUACAGACAGAGCAUCUGUGACAGGCAGAAGGGCUUGACAGCUACUCUUCUGAUUGCGUUGCUUGCAUGGAUUGCCACUUUUGCCAUCAGUACUUUGAGGUUGAUCCACCGUGUAGCGAGGUAG